AUGGCUAGAAAUGCUGAAAAGGCGAUGACUGCUUUGGCGAGAUGGCGGAGAAUGAAAGAAGAAGAGGAACGAGUAAGUUUUUUAAAGGAUAAUAUUUUAUGUUCGAAAAUAAUUAAUAAAAUUAUUCAGGGACCAGUUGCAAGACGACCACAUGAUGUAAAAGAUUGUAAAAAGUUGUCAGACGCAGAAAGAUUCCGAAGAGAAAUCGUUCGAGAUGUUUCGAAGAAAAUCGCAGCAAUUCAGAAUCCGGGACUUGGAGAAUUCAAACUUCGCGAUUUGAAUGACGACAUCAAUAAAUUGAUAAAACUGAAACACGCAUGGGAAAUGCGAAUCAAAGAGCUGGGUGGGCAAGAUUAUCGAAAAUUCGUGUCAAAAGAAUUGGAUGCAACGGGUCGAGAAGUUGGCGGGCAGCGAGGUUACAAAUAUUUCGGAGCCGCUAAAGAUUUGCCAGGAGUGAGGGAGUUAUUCGAGAAGAAUAGUGAUCAUGAGGAGAUUCGACGAAAUCGAGCGGAAUUGAUGAAAAAUAUUGAUGCACAUUAUUUUGGAUAUUUGGAUGAUGAAGAUGGUCGACUUAUUCCAUUAGAGAAGGCUGUUGAGGAAGCGAAUAUUGAGAGAAUUCAAAAAGAAUUUGCAGAAAAGAAAGGAACUGAUACAACAUCUGGCGAAUAUGAGAAUAUUUACAAAGUUGAAGAGGUUAGUUUCAUUUUUUCGCAAAUUUGAAAUGAAACCAGAGACUGGAUGAAAAAAAUUCGGGCGAGGUUUCGGUCCGAUUCAAAGCUUCUUUGAAUUUUCUAUAAAAGUGUAUCGAUUUUUAUUACAGUAUGAAGAUGAUUUGGAAACACAAGAAACCACAGUUUUGGGAGACGACGGUCGACCGCUGACAAUUCGCCACGUUUUAGUCCCAACGCAGGCCGACAUCGAAGAAAUGUUGCUGGAACAAAAGAAGGCCGAAUUGAUGGCAAAAUAUUUGGACUAA